AUGGAGCAAAGACACAUUCCAAUCAUCUCGUACAGCGAUGGGCGCGAGGUCCUGUCUCGUGUGGCUUUUGUCGGGCCAACAAGCUGCGCUGUGAUCGGGGGCAACCGUGUUCCAAUUGUCGACUACGCAAAAGAUCGGGGGUCGACCGAGGGAAAGUCUGCCAUUCCCUCCUCGAACUCCAUUAUCGACUUCUCGUCCAGAGAUAUCUCCCACGCAUUUACCCGCAUUCAGGCGCUCGAAAACGCUGUCUUUAGGCACGCUGCAUCCGGUUCAUCAUCAACAGCACAGCCUAAUUCAUCUUCUAAUCUCCCUGAGGUAUAUUAUUCUAGUUACUUUGUCAGCCACGGCUUACAUAUGAACUUUGGCGUGCUACAUGUCCCAUCCACUCGCAUUGUCGUGGAGGAAAGCUACCGGCAGAUGAGCCAAGGGGAGACCCCUAUUGAUGCGACCCUGCUCUUGUUACUGAGCAUAUUCGCCAACGCCACCUUUGUCUGGACGCCAUAUCUGUAUCCCAGCAACACAGAUGACGAGUUCAUCACGCCAACCGGCGUCAUCUAUGAUUUCCCUCGCUCGGUUCCGACCGCCAUGUCAGCGUCGAUCGCGCGCAUUCAGCUGGCGGAGCUUACCCACACGCGAUUAUGCUGGUUGCACCGCCGCUUUCACUUAGAGAGCGCUGUGCAAGAUCGUUACGCUUAUUCGCGCGAGGCUGGUCUACGAUCAGUGCGGAUGGUGCUAAGCGUACGGCAGUUGAUGGAGGACACAGGGCCCCUGAUUAGUGUCAAUCCCUGCCGACUGUGGUCAGUCAUGGAGCAUGUCUUUUGUGCUGCUAUCAUGCUGGCCAGCGAUGUGUCUCUGUAUCCUACGGCGCCUGAUGCCACGACGCGCCAGGAUGAGGUAUGGGCAGCAUGUCGGCUGCUUGAACAGUUGACACCCCAUGUAAAUGGCAUUCAGCAGAUGCUACAGACCCUCCGGGCCACUCUACAGGGGCGACGAUCUCGUCAGGAGGUGGUGACUGAGGUGCCGUUUUCUGUGCCGUCCCCGCAGCCUCCGGCUACCGAUGUCAGUCACUCAGUAACAGAGGCAGAUGAACAGAUGAGUUGGAAUCAACUGUAG